AUGAAAAUACUAUUAUUAGUUCUAAUUGGCUUGGCAUUAUGCAAAUUAGGCACAGAUCCAAAGAUAGUCUUAGCCGAAAUCGAUGACCAUCAUAUGGGCAAAACAUUUUUGAAUGCUAUUCAAAUCAGUCUUGCAACUGGAUCACCUGUCCAUGAAAUUCAAAGCUACAUCAACAAUAUCAGAUUCAUGUUGGAAUAAGAACAAAAGGAUUCAGAUCUCUUUAUUCAAAAUACGUAAGCCUCUUGCAAUAGACUGUUGCAUGACUUUUCCACAAACUUGGCUUAUCAUCAAAGCUAAUUGAAGGCACACUAAAAAAUAGUUGAUGAAAACACAAACAAUUUAUAAAGAUCACUCAAUAAAAUUGCUGAAGUCUCUGUGGAAAUUGAAGAAAAUUCAAAGAAAACUAAUGCAGGAUAGAGUGAAAGAGAUUUAUAGUAUGCAGAAUUCUAAUCCAAAAUAAAGGAUCAUACUGAAGCAAUUUCAGCAAUAGAUGAAGCUUAUGCACUCAUUGAACAUUUGUCUGGAGGUUCUUCAUUCAUUCAAGUUAAGGGAAGAUUUAACAAAGUUCUAUAGAGAUUACAAAGUCAAUCUACAGGUUUGUUGUUUUAACCAAUCUUAACUAUGAUGACUCAAUUGUCUUCAAAAUCAGAUUCAGACACUGCUAAGAAAGUGCUUUAAUUGUUGGCUAAUUUGAGAGUUCAGAUAGUUGAAAGCAAAGGAAAUGAUGAAUCCAUUGAGAAAUAACAAAAUUUGAAUUGGUAAUAAUUCUUGUCAGACUUGACAAAUGAGAAAAACACAUUAUCAGAUCAGAGAUAGAAUUUAGAAUAAGCAAUAUUGAAUUAUCAAAGCAUAAUUGAAGAGUCUGAAGGGAAAGUGGAAUAUCACGCUGCUGAAGUAGAGAGAAAUCAGAAUAACUUAGAAGGAUAAGAUUAAUGGUGUAGAUAACAAUAAGAUAUUUAUUAGAUGGAAACUCAAUCCAGAGUUUAGACCUAGGAUCUCAUAUCAAGAAUAUCUGAUCACAUCUAAGAUAAGAUCGUUACACUCAAGGAGUAUUUAAGAGAGAGACUUCAAUUAAAUUGAUAUUUCUUUAAGUAUUGAUAUUAAUAAAAAACAAUAAAAUAUAUAUGGAGAAAAAAAA